ACUCAUCUAAGUCACUGACUUCCAUCGCAGCACAUAAAUGCCCCCUCUCGAGCCAAAAGAAAUCAAAGUCGGUGUCCUGGGGGCGACAGGCACCGUUGGGCAACGGUUCAUCCUCCUCUUGUCCCAACAUCCGUAUUUUGUAAUCCAUGGAUUGGGCGCAUCUCAGAGGUCUGCCGGCAAGCGUUAUUCUCAAGCAGUAACAUGGAAACAGACCUCUCCAAUCCCGGGUAUCGUUCGUGAGAUGGUGGUGACCGAAUGCAAGCCUGAAUUCUUCAAGGAUUGUGCUGUCGUGUUUUCUGGGCUAGAUGCCGAUGUGGCAGGAGACAUCGGUCUUAUUUCCCGUAUUAGAGGCCGAGUUCCGCUCCGCCGAGCUUAUCGUCUUCUCGAACGCAAAGAAUUAUAGAAGAGAUCCUCUUGUACCCCUCAUCGUUCCGCUCAUCAAUGCUUCUCACUUCGCCAUGGUUCCACAUCAACGGGCGCUCCAUUCACCUCCUCUGAAAAAGGGUUUCAUUCUUACGAACGCUAACUGCAGUACCACCGGUGUUGUGGUACCCUUGGCUGCGCUUGAGAAAGCAUUCGGACCCCUGGAAUCAUGUAUGAUCACCACGAUGCAAGCCAUCUCGGGUGCCGGAUAUCCCGGUAUACCUAGUCUUGACAUCCUGGAUAACGUUGUACCCUACAUUAGUGGGGAAGAAGAGAAGAUUGAGUGGGAGACACUCAAAAUCCUUGGUGGAAUCGCAGAGGAUGAUAAUGGCCAAAAAGCUUUUGAUAUGCACUCGCGGCAUCCCCUUCGUAUUUCAGCAUCGUGCAAUCGGGUACCUGUUAUCGAAGGCCAUACCGAAUGCGUCUCAGUUCGCUUCGCACGGCGACCACCCCCGAGCCCCCAGCAAGUCCGAGAGGCUCUUGCAGCAUACACAUCGGAUGCAUAUGCUCUUGGCUGCCCUUCCGCUCCACGCCACACAAUCUUCGUUCACGAGGAAUCCGAUCGGCCGCAACCGCGGUUAGACAGGGACUAUCAGAUGGGUGCGGGUGUCUCUAUCGGAAGGGUUCGACAGUGCAGAGUGCUGGAUAUUAAGUUUGUUGUGUUAGCAAACAAUGUCGCUAUUGGAGCAGCGACCAGCAGCAUCCUGAACGCGGAGCUGGCGGUGUUGAAGGGGUACAUUCCGUCGGUUUCAGCGGAAUAGAGAAAGUAUACCGGUGACUAUAGUUUAUUAACAGGGGUCAUCUCUGAUAAUACUUGACGAGGUCUUCAUGUACUACUAUGAUCAGUAUAUAGAACUUUUCUUUCGGGUUCUGGAAGGACUGAAUCAAGAAUUCGUG